AUGGCAGCCAAGGACAUAGAGGACUGGGUUCUCGAGGCAGCAGAGUGUUCGCCCAUCAUGAUGCAGAGAGUCUCAGCGACCAACGUCCCUAGAAGCCCCUCUAAACUAGUGAAUCUGAGCAGCCUGGAACUGAGUGACAAACACCAAGCAAACUACAUCCUGAUGGACCACUCCACCUGUCUUAUUGGCACUAGCUUGGAGAGGGACAAAGACACAAACUCACCCAGCUCCUCAGUGAAGAUGAGUAAAAGUCUUUCUCCAACUGAGAGCAGUGACGUUGAGGGGGAAGAAAGGCAGAAUAUCAGUCCAGAGCAGCUCAUUACUCGCUUAUCUGCAAUCAACUUGAUACGCGCAAGAACCAUUACUCGCUUGUCUCCAACAGAGUCCUUGUCCUCGGGGGACACCUUCAGCCCAUUCAGCGACCGUUUUCACUCUUCCAGCGCGCAUUCUGCAGAGUCUAAUCCCAGCUCAGUUGUCAUCAUGCAGCCAGUACCAACGUCGCGAAAGAGGAAGAGGAAGAACGCCAGGAACAGGAAUAGGGGCGGGAACAACCAAGAUUCUCUGGGCGAAGGCCACACUGGAAAUAGAAACGAGACACACUUGCGCCAGACACCUCACGUCAGACCCAACGUGGACUCGUCGUACGAUCAAACCCAUGGCGAGAAGGACAAUCAGCAGAUGAGAUCGCCAGCUCCACCUGACCUUGCUGUGUCUCAGGGCAAUUCGAUUCCUGCACACUGCGCUUCAUCCCAAAGUGAUUAUCAUCAAGGUGAUGCAGAGCUACAGCCAGGCUCCAGGACUGAUGAAAAGUCUUCGAAUAACAUGCUUGACUCGGAAGAAAAGACGGGUAGCAGUGUUACUUCACUGCAUGACAAAGUGAUCUCUGCUGCAGAAGGUUCUCCUGUGCUAUCCGACUCUCAACAACCUGGUGUCAAUCAAGACAGUCGCAGACCCGCAACUGCAGCAAAAGAAAGGCUGCCCCCCAUAGAAGAAGCAGCAGUCGAAGCAACACAGGAUUCCCUGAGCACUGAUGCGUCUUCUUCCAUAGCCGAAAGCGAAAGCCUGUCAAUUAGAACGCAGAUCCGAGACGCCUCUGCAUCUGAGGCUGUAAGCGCGGUAUUGAUGACUGACGAAAAUGCCCCAAGCAAGUCAGAGACAGAGAGGGAUACUUCAAGCGCUACCUACCCUGAAAUUGAAAACAGCUCUCAGCAGACCACCCAUUUUGAAGACCUUGAAUCACUUCAUUUCAGCAACAGUCACUCGCAUCCGUCGCCGCUGACAACCAGUGAUGGUUCAACGCAGUCCACGCCCAAGGCUCAUGGAAACGUCUCCAGUCAGAGACCAGAAGCUUUCUUUUGGCAACUCGAUAGCCAUGGAUUUCCGUGCGCAAAACACGGCUGCGACAAGCGAUGCAAUCUCUGGGACGGAAGAACUGUGAUCUGCCCUAAGUGUGGGCCAUUUUCCGAAGUUCGUUAUUGCUGCAAAGAGCAUCUUUUCCAGGAUAUCAAAUGGCACUGGAUGUACUGCGGACAAAUGACUUUCACACAGCCCUGUCGCGAGAACUCAGUUCCUCGGGACGUGCGAGAUGGCCCACCAUUGGUGCCCUGCCUUCAUCCCUAUGAUACCCCAGAGCGUCAUCGCCAGGCUGUGUACUUCAACGUCAAUGCUCGUGAAGGAGAUUAUUUCAUCUUCUCAGACUAUGCAGAUUGGGAACAAGCAGGAUUUCCGGAAAACAAUCUCGAGAUACGUUGUUCCCAUCGGGUCCUCCACAGAAUCAAGUUCGAAGAUCGGGAGAAGAAGGCUAGAUUCCGACGCAUCCUCGCAGCAUGUCUGUUCAUGACUAUCGAAGUCCACGGACUCGUCGAUUACCUGUUCCGACUGAUCAGGGACAAUCUGCGGUCUCAAGAGAAAUGGUCCCCCGAGGUUGAGAACAUGGUCAAGUAUCAGAUCCACUCUGAAUUCGCAAUCAACAUACUGCCAGAUAUCACAGGAGAAAGACAUGCUUGCGAGACCGACUGGACCGGAAGAAAUCGUCGCCACUGCCCAGAUGCCGUCUGCCGCGGUGAAUUUCGCCGUCUUCUUGGUUCGGUUGGAGGAAAUGGUCAUCGCCAGACUGUCGACCAUUUAGAAGAAUCUUUUUGGAUCUUGCGGGCUGCGAGAACGACUCAUCCUGGAGUAACCGACGUGCAUGCGCGCAUGAGAGGGGAGGGCUUCGAGGGCGUGGCGGAGGAAGAUAGAAGGGUCUUUCAGCGCGGAGAAGGAUGGGAUGGUGCUGGAACUGGGCCUAUGGAGAUUGAAGGCAUCAAUGCUUGA